GAUGAUGAAAACGCAGGAAUUUCGGCUGCUUGUCACAAAAGUAGAUCGUUUUUUCUUUGAUCACAAAUUAUAUGAUUUGAUGAAGAAAAAGCGCAGCAGGAAAGUAAAUACCAAUGAUCACCAGUUUGACUUCUACAGCAUUUUAUUGGAACUUCUCUAUGAAGUGCACAGGAAUGACUCCAGUGAGCAAGCCCGGUUGCUUGAAAAGGUGCUCGAAUGGCAUCAAGUUAAUCAAGUUAAAUUGGAAUUUCCGAAGAAUGUGGUUCCCAGAAGUGUAUCUGCAACUCAGUUUUCAGAAUGUAGUCAAGUAAGCAAAAUCUCCAAAAAGCCGUCUCCAAAGGUGCGCCCAAUCAGUCGGAAAAAUAUCAUUGGAAAGAGCACCAGAAUGCAACCACUUGACCAUGUAUGCACUGAUGAAGAUGGUAUCUGUUCUUCUUUAACUACGUUUAAAUCCGCUCUGUCAAAACCAGUCACAACACCUGAAGUUGUAACGUUAACGGACUUCACGGAAUCAAAAAAUGUGACUGAGCAACACACCCCUACUGAACAAGAACGAAAAGAGAGUAUUCAGCCAGUAAUCGAAAGGUCCUUUCAUACUGAAGUAACAUCACAGCAGAAAAUCCCACGUGAUUCAUUUUUUAAAAGAAAAGCUACUCUAAACUUAGGUGAUGUGAUAAAUGCCACCACUGCACCAAAUCAAAUUGCAGCCAGAAAGAGAGCACAGAGCGUACCUAUUCACCAGUUUCGAACUGUAUCAACGGAUAAAGACGUAGAUUCUACAGCAGUAGGUGUACCUCGUUCUGUUAAAGGAAAAAUUUACCGUGAUUGGAGAGGUCACAUAUCAGUAGAAUCCUCGGGACAUGUUGUCGAGUUUCAAAAAACACUGUUACAAUCGAUGAUCUUGAGUAGACGGAAGUUGGUACCACAAAGCAAUGUACAAAAAGCUCUCAGCAACGUAUUGAGGAAAAGUAAUGCCAGAGUCUUGAGGUUUCAGGAAACAGACUCGGAAGAGGAAUUUGGAACAAGUGCACAGAGAAAUGUUGCAGUGGAAAACACACAGAGUCAGAGUUUACAGAUAUCACAGCCUGAACAAAUUGACAAAUCUACUGGUGAUCUGUCUCGUUUCUUUUGUCAUAAUUGUCAAGUAAAGCUUCAACGUGGAAUUAAGUGUGUUCUCUGCCUGGAAAGAUCCAGCAAAAUGCAAGGGGUCCACUCAGCAAAUCUUCCCGAUUUGCCUAUUAGUCAGCCUCAAGAUGCAAACAUGGUGCUGAAUCAGCAACAAUUUGAUAGCAUAGGGGCAGAAGGAAAUGUGGCUGAAAAGGCUGACCAAUCACUUUGCAAGUGUAAAAAGAUCAAAAUCACGCCCAUUGAGCUUACUGACCAAUCUGAAGACUCAUCAGUUGCAAGUGGACAGCACAUAUCAACCACUGAAAGCUCUUUUGAUAAAUAUGAAAUGAACAAAAUACCGGAUGUUGCUGUAGAAUUUCAAGAGCAUGAUGAUAUAUUUGGACUCACAACUAUAAGCAAAGGAGAACAUCACGAAGAAAUGAAGCGAGAUGCACUUAGUACUCCACCUCUUGCAGAUGAAAACACAUUUGAAGCAAGUCAAAUCAGUGAGGAAUUUGCAGACAACAUUCCAAGGACUUCUGGGGAUGAAGAUUUCUUACCACUUAUAACCAAAACGGGCCACUUAUUAGUCAAACUUGGUCAAGAUCAACAAGUGCAUUUAAGUGUGCUCAAGCCAAUUGAUUUCCAAAAAUAUUCUAGUUUCACUUUUGAUUAUCAACAAACAGUGCAAGCCUUUCACUUGACCAUUAUUGGCCAACACAUAGGUCGACAAGGUAUAUUAAAAGUGAAAGGAGAAGAACAUUCUGAAUUGGAAAAAGUCACUGUAAAAAGGCCAGCUGAUAUUCAGAUGGAGCCAUCCAAGGCAAGAGGACGGCCAAUCAGUACCCAUUUUCAGCCUGAAAACAGAGCUGAAAUGGAAAAAGCCGCUGAACGUCAGAGGAAUGUGAAUGCUGCAGUGGAUAUCCAUGACAUAUUCACAAAAUAUGUCAGUAAAGAAUAUGAAUCGGACACUGACUCAAUACAAAACGAAAAGAUUCGGAAGCGCGAAAAACAUUUAGAACUGAAGAGGGAACAGAAAAUAUUUACUGAGAGAAUCAAGACCAUUUACAGAAGACCAUUGAAUAAUACUGAAAUGUUGACACGAAGUAAAUUUCUGCUCAAAAAGAGACGCCAACAUGAGGUUCACAAAAAAGCACAAGUGGAUUCAUAUCAACAUGUCCUAAGCAGGUUCAAUGCUGAGCGGAGUCGAAGACUGGAAUAUUCCAUGCCACAUGUUGAACUUAUAGAAGCUUCUUAUCCUAAGAGGAUUGGUCCAAGUCCUUAUCGCCAAAAAAAGGCAGCUAUCUUUAUUCAGAAGUUUAUCCGAGGGUGGCUAGUGCGUAAAACACACUACAGGAUUAAAGUCAAGACUUCAAGCCAUGGAAAGUCACUAGCAAGUGUUGUAAGAUAUUAUCGACAGAUGAUGACCCGCCUGCGAAGACGGUUUGGUGCUCACUGGGAACCGAUACCGCUGGUGUAUUCAGAGUUUGAAGAGUGGCUUGACAGGAAGAAAAAAUAUGAAGUAAUGUUUGCAAAGAGAGAGUUCUGGAGAGAGAUUAAUAGGAGCGAGUUACCAAAUUUCUUCAAGGACUGUGACCACUAUCCUUCCCUGUACGAGAUCGAUGAAACCUUGCGUAUGAUCAACCUCGGAAAUUAUAACCUGCCUGACACACUGCAAAAGAGACAAGUAGUGGAAUUGGCUUUUACGAUAUAUCCACCAUCCGGUGCAGGGUUGGGCGAUCGGUCAAUUUACCGGUCAACAUGGGUGAGGCCAGUCGUGGAUGAAGAAGAAGGUUUCAAAUAUAUAUUGGCUGAACACCCGGUCUUGCAGGAAGCCAAAAUAGAAGUUGUUGGUAAAUUGGUAGCCCGUUCGAUAUCUCAGAGAAACGAGAUCCGGAAAGCUGCAAAGAAUACGAUGGAAGACUACUUAUUAGACGACACAUGUCUAGAUGAAAUUACUUCCCGAAAAUAAGAUCUUUGGUUCUUUUCAUGAUGACAUGGUGGCAAAAAAAAUUGCUUUUGAAGCAAAUGUUAACUAACUUGCAUAACAGUUUGCACAGUAAUAUUGUGGACAUAAAAUGGCAAAGAAUCUGGAUGUCUGUAUUUUAUGAUAGGGAGUAUGACGUACCUCAAACUGAUAGCAUGUAAUGAGUAUAAAUAUUAAAUUAUUUUAUCUUUAUAGCCAUUAAAAUGUUCACAACCCAAACAGAUCACAAAUUGGAAUUGCAACCACAAACUAAGUUCCCACAAGGCAGAUGAUCCUGGCAGAGGUGGGUUGUCCCAUAGCAAUAGAAAAUUUGGAUAAAUAUUUUAAAUCUUGUUUUGCCAGUCUUAAUAAUAAAGCUGA